AUGACAUCAUACUCUCAGACUUUGCCGCAAGCGCAUAGAGAAAAGCGUUCACGCUCGCAUGCACCAUUUUCUCUCAGGGAGCAGCGGCAGCACCAGCGGCAUGAGCAGUUCGUAUCAAACGUGAACUUUGACGAGUUCACGCCUCCGACCAAGGAGCAGAUGAGAUACGCCAGCUCGCUGUGCGUUGUAGCGCAGAAUGGCCUGCGGAUUCAGUUCGGCGAGCUGAUCAGGGACAGGAGGACGAUUGUCUGCUUCAUUAGGCAUUUCUGGUGUGCUGCUGAUCAGGAUUACAUGUACCACAUCGCAUGCAAUGUCGAAAUGGAGGCGUUGCGGCGUGCAGAUUGUGAUCUCAUUGUUAUUGGAGUAGGCUCGCCGGCGAUGAUCAAGUCGUAUCGGAAUAUUUUCCGUAUGCCUUUCGAAUUCUUUACCGAUCCGACCCUUCGUUUGCAUGAGGCGCUCGGUAUGACUCGAAAGACGCAGGAUGCGGGGCCAGACAUCGAGAAGGGAGAGUACAUUCGUCAUGGGCCCCUCGGCGGUUUGGCAAUGGUGGUCAGGAACGCCAUACGAGUCGCCAUGCCUGUAUGGGAAAAGGGCGGAGACGUAACGCAGCUUGGCGGCGAGUUCGUAUUCAGCCCAGGUCCAUCCUGUCUGCACGCUCAUCGCAUGACCACUACUCGGUCGCAUGCUUCCAUACUCCACUCACUG